AUGCGGUACUGCGCUCGAAUCGUCCAUCGCUCCUUUCGCCGAGUCGAACAUGCCGCAGAUUGGCUCACAGGAAGGGCAGGUCCAGUGUUUGUGCUGCUGUGCACGGCCCUGGUCUCAAUCGGAGCAUGGUCUUUCUUCACGACGAUGUUCUGCACAUUGGCAACGUUACCCCCUACGUAUGCGAGACUAACUUCGCGUGGAUCUAAAAGCAAGUUCCUUCAGUCGUUGCCGCCAGCUAUGCUCGAAAGCUUCGCGCGAGAUCCACUCGUAACAUCGGUCUUUCAUCUGAACCUCGCCGCAUGCUGCUACAUUGUGUACUCGAUCUUCUUCCACUACUACAUGGCGGCAACAGAGCCGCCAGGAAGUGUCACCGAAGGCCUUUCAUCAGUGCUGAGAGAGAAGCGUAGUGGAGAAGGCAGCAGCGCAUGGUGGGCUAGCGUAAGGACGCGAGCAGCGCGAGCGAGUACAGCAACUGUGAAACGACGAGCUCUUGUCGUUGAACCCGCGAUACCCAUGUCGGUGCUCAAAUCCAACGAAGAGCACAUAGACAACAUCAUGAAGAAGACAAAAUCGACCUCGGAUGCGCGUGCAAAGUGGCAGGCUUCAGAUGCUAUUCAAGAGACGAAUUUACCCCUACAUGCGCCGACGGCUGCAUCGUCUCAUCAGGCGGGCGCAUCGCCGGCCUCCUCUUCUUCACACGAACUGCAUCGUUUGAACGACUCGUUUGGGCAAUCGCAGAUGCAGAGCCGCCACUCGCACCGGUCCAGCUCGUCCACUUCGAGCGUCGCUUCGUCUCGGGCGACAGGAGUUACCGGGCAUAACCUUCUCGCUCCGCAACCGCGACCAGGUGCGAUUCGAAACCUGUCCUCGGCUGCAGUAACCCGUGCGUCUCCGAGCCCUCCACCAAGAAAGUCAUGGGAGUCGUUGGAGGCGCACGAGCGAAUCGCGGACCACCUGGACGAAGACUCGGACGACCUCUUCCCACUGUCAAAGAUGUGCACGAAGUGCACGCCUGUGCCGCUGUCGCGCGCGCUGAUCUCGCUUCCUCCGGAAUUGCGGCUGGUGGAGCGAGCGCUCCGGGGCAAACGCAAGAGAGGGCCAUCAGAGGCGCAAGACGACGUCCUUGCUGAUGAUGAGGGCAGCUUUCGCAUGGACAAGCUCGGGCCUCCGGGUUACGAUGAAGACGAGGCUGGAGUGGCGGAUUGGCUUGGGGAGCCGGACGCGAGCAAGUUGGUACCUCCGCCCAAGCCUGAGCGAACGCAUCACUGUUCGAUAUGCAAAGCGUGUGUUCUGAAAUAUGACCAUCACUGUCCGUGGCUAAACCAAUGCGUUGGGCUCGGCAACGAGCGCUACUUUGUGCUUUUCGUGGUCUGGUUGGGCCUUGCAUGUGUCAUCAUCACCGGUUCGGGGUGGCAGGUCGCUUACUUGGCUGUGCAAAUCAAUGAGCCUUGGCCGCAUGCAUAUACGCCGCGCGUGUUUGUUCUUCUCACCUGGCUACUCGCCACCAUCAUGGCCGUCGGGCUGGGCGUCAUGUCCAUCUGGCAGCUUGUGCUCGUUGCGCAUGGCGAAACGAGCGUCGAGUCUCAUGAUAACGCGCAUUACGAUGCGCUGGCCAAGCGGCGCGGGCAAAAGUUCAUCAACGUCUAUGAUCUGGGGCCGCGGCGCAACUUGGAGUUAUUCUUCAAUGUCGGCGAAGAUUCGAAAUAUUCUUAUUUCUCCAUCUUGCUACCCAUCAGGGUUCCUCCCUAUUCGGAUGGGUGGCACUGGGCGAAGCGGCGCGGGCUCGGGGGUCGACAUGCAGGCAUUGAGGCAGUGGAGGAAUUGACGGACGACGAGGGACCAGAUUGA